AAAUAAAAAAUAACGCGUUACAGUAAGUUGAAUGUUUGGGCUGGAAGCAAUUUCGUUGAAUCAAAAUAAAACCUUUCUUACGUAAAUUUUAGGAUUUGUUUUCCAAAAUUGGAAUAAUUUAAAAUUAAAAUGGCUUUGGUGCGCUCAUUACAAAUGCUCAUUCCGCUGGCCAUGCCUAAAGCAUGCAUGCCCGCUUUGACUGCCGCCAGUGCGAUACCGGCUGGAGGCGCGUGGUCCACCCUGUCGGCAAGAACCGUAGUGCGGAAUCAGUUCCCCAGGGCACGGGAAGUCAAACGUAUCCGCGUACAUGGAUGGUGGAAGCGCAUGUCCACUCCGGAAGGACGGCGCAUUCUGAUGCGAAGGAUCCUCAAGGGCCGACACGUUCUAUCGCACUGAUCUACCAUUAUUUUGUUUGUCCCCUUCUAGUUCAAGGUAAAUAUAAAGCAAAUGUGGA